UAAGCACAUUCAUGUUGUUUUGAUUGGUAUGUUGUUCUAAUGUAGAUAAUCAGAGGUACUGUACAUCAGUGUAUAAGUGUACUGACAAUAAAGUUCACUAUAUUUUACUCCUUGGUAGCAAAUUAAAAUUAAAAUUGGGAACUAAUAAUUGUUUUUGCAAACUAACAAGUCAGUCCUCAGUCAAGACCCAGUGAAACUGUGCUACCCAUGAAUGUGCCACUGAACAAAACAGUAAUAAAAGCAAUAAAAUAAUCUGGGACUGUAGUUAUUGUUAAAUAAUGUGGUGGUGUGAUGCAGCCUGAGGCAAAGCAGAGUUACUGUUACCACCCUCAGGUUGAUUAUUUUCCUAUUGUAACACAUCCUGAAGUGUUUUAUUCCUCCUAUACCACAGACUAUUUAUUUAUACAUUUAUACAAGUAUGAUCCAUGAUUUACUUUUUAUCCAGUUAUAGUUACACUUAAUGUUGUGGAACAUCCAAGUUAGUUCCUGUUAUCACUUGCAUUAUAGCAGCUAUAAACAGUCAUUUUCCUCACAAACGCAGCCUGUCAUGUUACUGACAAACUGCAAAGUGUAAAACUCCUCUGUCCUGAAGACUUCCUUGUGUCAGGAAAACUUUACAGCUUUACCUCUGACUGUUACAAAGCACUGAUACUGGAGACUCCUUCCAAAAUACUCCACCAUAUCAGUGAUUAUAUGGGUUUUUUUUAAUUUAUUUAUCGUAUAUAACAGUGAUUUGCCAUUCAGCUGGCACUACUGUCCGAGAGCUGCUGUUAAAGAAUGUUAAACAACACCUUCUGACCAAUCAGAUUCAAGAAUUUAACAACUGGCCUGAAAGAGAAAAAUGGCUGCUACAGCGGCCUGCGACAGGCUUCCUGUCCUGCAGGAGUUCCAGUCCAGCAGCGUUGUCAAAGUGAACCCGGAUAAGCCACAGGAGCGAGCUCGCUUUCACACUCUGCAUGCUGGAAAAACACUGCUGGUCCCGACACCUCGUCUACGGACAGGACUGUUUAACAAAAUCAUUCCUCCACCAAGAGCCACCAAGGAGGAUCUGCGAGUGUGCUCUACAUCCCAGGGUGUGAAGGAGUUCAGUGUCCCAGUGGGUUUAGAUUCAAGAGUUCACGUGGACUUGAUAGUGGUCGGAUCUGUUGCCGUAUCUGAGAAAGGUUACAGAAUUGGGAAAGGUGAAGGAUUUUCAGACAUGGAAUAUGCCAUGAUGGUCUCAAUGGGAGCUGUGAAUGAAUCCACAGUGGUUGUGACUGUUGUCCAUGACUGCCAGGUUGUGGAUAUUCCAGAGGGACUGACGGAAAGUCACGAUCUCACCGUGGACUACAUCCUCACACCAAGCAGGAUCAUCAAGACUGAGUGUAAGAUCCCCAAACCACAGGGCAUCAUCUGGUCAAAGCUAGAUGCAGAAAUGCUGGAGAAAAUUCCCAUCCUGAAAAAACUACGAGCCUUGGAGCAGAAGGCUGGAAAGGACGUAACGCUGAAAGUGUCCUCUGCUGAAAGUGUGAAGACAAAACAGGAGCAUAAACCCAAACCCGAGCCCGAGGCCAGUCCUGAUCCAAAACAUGACCUGAGGCAUGAUCCUAAAAUCCCAAGGCAAGAUUGUACACUUGCGCUUAUCGGUUCAGGUGAAGAAGCUGAUGUGAAGAGUGAACGUUCUCAGGCUCCUGUAAAGACACUUUAUUUAGGCAGCCUCCCGGCUGGAUUGCGGGUGAGCGAGCUGAAGGGUUUCCUGAGGGAGCGGGACGCUGUACCUGCUAGGCUCAGCUGGCAGGGGGCACAACGCAGGGCGUUCCUCGAGUAUGGUGACAAGCGAGCCUCAGAUCAGGCUCUGGAUGCCCUGCAGGGGCUCUGCAUUAAGGGCCACACUCUGCAUGUAGAGCGAGCCAAAAGCCAAAAGAGCUUCCACAGACCUGGUGCUACCAAAGACCAAGCAAGAAUGAACCCAAAGGAACAGCUCAGACUACAACAUCCACCGCAGCCACCAUCAGCAGUGUCCCAGAGGACAGGUUGGAGAUAAAAUCCAGAAAAGGUGUCAGAGGUGUGAGAUUUCAGUGGGAGAAGAACACUGAUAGAUGCUCUUACAAAACAAUUGUUCCUGGAAUUAAAAUUCAGAAAUCCUUAUGAUCCUUAUCAUGUUUUAACAAUGGUUAUUAAAGGUGCGCUUUGUUAAUGUUUAAAAAAAAAAAAAAAUACUGUAAUAAUCAUAUAAUUUCGGAAUUAAAGUAAGCAAUGAAACACAACAGAACAUGCUGUUAUAGGAAAAUAAUCAAUGAUGGGAUCGUGUGAUUAAGCCUGACAUGAGGUGAAGUUACUAUUACAACACAGAAGUUGAUUAAUUUCCUAGAAGAGCACAUCCUGAAGUGAUUUGUUGCUCUUAUACCACACGAACGACUACAAUCGACACUAUCUAUUUAUCCAGUUACAGUUAUAUUUAAUGUUGUGGAAAGUCAGAAAACAGGUUAGUCCCUGUUAUCUCUUAAGUUGUAAUGGCUAUAAACAGUUGUUUCCCCUGUCGAAAACUUAAAGUUGCAGUUUUACCUCCGACUGUUAUAAAAAAAAAAAAAAAAAAAAAAAAACACACUGGAGACUCCUUCACCAGUAAAUAAACGUUUUCUUACAGAAGCCGUCACCAUAUCAACAAUUGCAUGUUUUUUUUUUUAAUAUAUAUAUUUAUGUGGAGCAUCUGCCAUAAGUCCCUGCGAAUGAGUUGUUACUAUAGAAAACAGAAUCAGUGCAUUAAUAUAAACCUGUGAUUUGUCUUGCAACUCGGCACUACUGUCAGAGCUGCUGUUACAGAAAAUAAAUCAACACCUCCAGACCAGUCAGAAUCAAAAAUUCUACUGCGCUGUGCUAUAAAUACGAUAAUUCGCAGUAUUCCCAUGCAAAAGGUCUGGUGAGUUUCUUUUUCUGGCCUGGAAAUUAGCUCCGCCCACAGAGGAGGACACCCAAUCAGCCUUUUCGCUUUUCUUUAAAAGGCAACUGACAAGACGUGUGGUUUCAGCAGAAGGGGUUAGGGUUGAUCUGGAGGAAGGUGAAGGCUUGAGGGUGUUUUCAUUGCAAUUGCAGUUUGCCUCUCAGGGAGAAGAGGGCGCUAAAACUUACAGACUGAUUCUUUAAGCUUUAAGAGGGUGGAUGAAAUAGUCAGUGAGAAAUACAGAGUGCUGUAUUGAAGUCUAAAGUGCUGCAUCAUUAAAGUGAAAAUGGUAUAAUAGUGAUCAUGGUAUAAUAGUAUAUACUAAUUGCUAGUUCUUAGAUAAAUUGGGUUCCUCACAGCUCCGGGGUCUACGGUUCGAUCCUGAGCUCAGGAUACUGGCUGUGUGGAGUUUAACAUGUUCUCCUUGUGUCCAGUUGGGUUUCCUCCCACCUCUCAUAAACAUGCAACUUUCGCCAGGAUUGGCUAAGAUAAAUAGCCCCUAGAUGUGAAUGUGUGUGUGAGUGAGUGUGUACGUAGUGCCCUUGGAUGGACAGGCAUUCCAUCCCGUGUGUAUUCCUGCCUCACUCACAGUGUUCCCAGGAUAGGCUCCAGAUCCAGUGUGACCCUGAUUAGGAUAAAGGGCUUACUGAAGAUUGAUGGAAUGGUCAGUGUCUUUAUCCCAUCAGUGAAGCACAUUCAUUUAUUCAUGUUCAGUAAGAAUGUUAUCCUGGUCAUAGUCCUGGUGGCUCCGGAGCCUAUCUCAGGAAUAGGGCGUGAAGUGGGAACACACCCUGAAUGUGGUACACAGUGAAGAAAAUUUUUUCUUAUCAAAAGCCACGUUUUUGGCAUUGACGUCUCCAGCCUGAGUUUUAUCUGCGUUCCAUCAUGUUCCUACUGUGUCUACGUGUGAUGUCUCUAAAAAAAAAAAAAACCCAAAACAAAACAAACAAAACACUAAGUCAUGUACUGAGAGCAAUUCCAAAGCUGUUCCGCCCGAUUCCGUCUUGAUCCCUUUCUCCAGGCGGUUUUACCCAAGCCUGCUGUUUGAGAAGUUUUGAGGCCUGCUUCAGUAGUGUGGCCUGCGAUCCUCCCUGAAGCCGCCAUGUUCUACAGUUCAUACCACACUGAAACCUGAGCUUCCUCCGGAAAUAUUCUUCAUUUCUGCUCAUGGAGCUUUUAAUUAAUAAUGGGCAAAUCCUCUUUUUUUCUUUCAAUGACUCUAGAUUGAAUUAGGCACACUGAUUUUCAAAGAUUGGAAAGUUUUAGCCAAGGUGAGACGUUUUUUACGUUUUUAAUUUUGACUUUUUCCGUUAUGUUUUCAUGCUUCACUUACUGUUAAGGAAAAUGCAGUUAUACAGUAAUUUAUGUAUCUCCAGAAAUGAAACUGGAUCCUUAAAGAAUUUGGCUGAAAAUGGUAUUUAUACAAUUUCUGUAUAAAUAGCAGUCCAAAUGUAUUAGGUCAGGAAAGACACAUUUGAUGUUGGACGUUUUUUCUUUAGUUUUGCACUGGUGUAAUGAGACAAAUAAGAAGGACAAGUAAAUGAAGCUUAGAGCUUCCAGUUUAGCAGAGUGUUGCUAAACGUCAUGGCUAUUUAUUAUUAUUUACAUUAUACUUGUAGCUCUAGUGCAAAAACAAACUUCACCAAAAAUCCCCGAGCAUACUUUGGCUGAUUUAAUAAUUGUGUAAAUAUGACUUUUUUUUUAAUUCACAGAAAUAUGGUCCUCUUUUCACUGUUACUAUCACACAGUUGGGGGAAAAAUAAGUUACUAUAGGAGGGUAAAUUCUACUGUAGUUAUAAUUUCUACUUUGUGUGUGUGUGUGUGUGUGUGUGUGUGUAUGUACGUAUGUAUGUAUGUAUGUAUGAUAUGUGUCUCCAUCGACUGUCUUCAUCUUCUGAAACCAAAACUAUUCCACUGGUGCACACAAUCGCUGCCUCCGCUGUAGAUGGUGAAUCAAAACAGAGCACACAGGCUCGGUUCGGACGGGAUUAGUUUUACAUGCGGUGUGAGAGUAACUUCGUCUUUUACAGGUGCCGCUUUGUGAUUUCAGCAGCGUCUCUAUUUUUCUUCCUUCAUCUCUGAUUCCAGAAAAUUCCAGCCGAACAUACUCGUUGUUUUUAAAGGUGGUCUGAACGUUUUAGUGCUUCCUGGGUCAACUUUUUACAAGCAGAUGUUGUCUGUAAUGAUUUACUUCAGCAAAAUACAGUAGCCUACUUUCUAUGAUAUUCUAUAAUGCUUCUGUAUUAACUUUUAGGAAUGAGACCACAUUGAAAAUCUGGGAUAUUUUUUUCAUUUAAAAUUGGAAAUAAACAGAAGGUUAUAGAAUUUUGAAAUAUUUAAAACAAAGAAAGUAAAUGUUCAAUAUCUGGAAUCUUUAAUAUUCAGGAUUCUGCACUAUUUCUAGGUCCCUAUUUAAGUAAAUGUGUGAUACUGAUCAUGUUAACUGCUUUGUACAAAAGGUCAGAUUUUCCUCAUGUCUAAUCUCUUCUAAUAAAGCGAAUUUUCAGACGACACUCCGAUGGAUUUGAUCUAAAAUGGAUCAUAAGAUUUUACACAACUUGUGGAGUCCAUGCCAGCUCGAGUGUGCACUGUAAUUAAAGCAAAAAGGGACAAACCAAAUACUAAGAAACUCUGAAAUUCAUGUCAAUAUUUCAAAGAUUCUACUUUUACAAUUUCAAGUUGUUGUGAAUAAUAUAAUUUGUAAUGAAAAUUGUUGUAUUAAAUUAGAAAAGAAUGCAAAAUAGAAGCGCUUUCACUAGUGCUCUCAGACUUUUGGACCCCGCCGUAUGCCAGAAUAUCAGAGAUAUAAAACAUCCAUUUGUUAGAAAAAGAAACCUUCUCAUUUUGCAUGAAUUAUUUUUUUUUUUACAUCACAGAACUGAUGUGCAAGCAUUUAAUUAAGCCUGCAGGCAUCAAGAAACAAAUACCAUCCAAAAUUUGAUUUACUGUUCAAAUGAAUCGAUUCAAUAAGUGAAUCAGUGAUUCAUAAGGCACUGCACUGCUUUUCCUGGUAUUGAGUGAAUCACACAGGAAUUUGAUUCGUUUCAGCUCUGUUUAACAUCAUCAGCAGAUUAAUGUGUGGUCCGGAGGCAAGGAGGCAACAUGCCCCAGCUGCCCUGGUGAACAUUAACCUAUAAGGGUGUUACUCCGUCAAUUUCACUCAGUAAAAUAGUCUUGACAAAUGACAAAGAUAACGCAGAGAGAUGAUAUGAGGGGCUGGAGUGCUUGUUGGGUUUUUUUUGUAUUUUUUUUCUUUCUCCCAGAUGGACUCCAGGGCCAUGAGGGUCUUACAGUGUGUUUCCUUUCGUCUAACACUAAGCUCCAAUGUGCCUCAUGAGCCCAAAAAUGACUUUUAUUCGCUUAUAGUGUAAGUAGAUGGAUUGUAACAGCUGUUUUGGGAUGAAAGUGGAGAAAUGUCGGCUACUUCUGCCGUUUCCAGAUUUAUUAUGUCCAUAAGUCGCAGUCCAUUAAACCAUAUAAACAUGGAUUAUGGAUUUUGGUUGUCGACGCUAACUAAAGAUAUAUUUCACCCUGGUUAACCAUGUUAGAUGGAUAGCCUAAUUAUCCAACCAUGUAGUGUCUUCUGUUUCAUUUAAAAAGUGCAGUAGAUUUUGGCUGAUGUCUGAUUCACCUUUCCAGAAUAUACACUGAAACUAGAUACACUCAUAAACAUCUGAUAAAUGUCUUAUCCGAUUUAUACUCAGACAUUACAUUCUUCUUCUUUCUUCUUCUUCUUCUUACUAUUAUUAUUAGUAUCAUCAUUAUUAUUAUUAUU